AUGAAGGGUGAAAUAAAGUGUGAUGAUGAUCAGAAGAACUCUUUAUCAAAGGAAGAGAGAAGACAAAAGAAAGAGGAAAGACGAAAAAAGAAAAAGGAAAGAUUAGACAAAGAAAACACCACACAUGUUGAACAUCUUUGUGAAGAUGCAGCCAAAACCGCUUUACUGGAAGUAGUUACUGAAAAGAGCAAGAAGAAACACAAAAAGAAAAAACACAGUUCUGAUUCCGUUGGUGAUGACAUAGUUUCUGAUGGGAAAGCAGGUGAACAUUCUAUAAAUGAAGGUAACAUCAAGAGACAGAAAACUGAAGAUAUUAAUCAGACCACCAACAAUUGUGAUUCAAGUCCUGUAGGAAUGAAUUCAAAGAAGAAGAAAAGAAAGAAGGAAAAAACAAUAGCCACAAAUCCUCUUUGUGACACUAGUGAGUUGCCAGGAGAUAGACAAGAUGUAACCCAGUCUGCUAAGAAGAAAAAUAAAAAACAUAAGAAGGCUAAGACAGAAUUAGCUGACAUGGAGAAGGUAAAGCCAGCAAGAACAGUCAGUCUGCUUGAAACUGAUGGUGACACUACUCAUGAGACAAAAGACAAGAAAAAUAAAAGGGCCAGUCUUAGUCAGGAUGAGACAACUGAAGACACAAAACAUACUUGUAGCAAAGAAAACAUUUCUAACCCUGUUGAGGUAGAAAGCUCUAAAUGCAAGAAGAAAAAGAGAAAGCAUUCUAAAUAUGAAGAUUGUGGACCUGUACAUGACACUGACAGUGAAAUUCCUAGGAAAAAACACAAAACGAAAUCUAAAUCUAUCAGCAAACAUAAAGAUGAUGCACUUCAAGGAAACACAGAAGAACAUAAUUCUGUGGAAACUCAAGACAUCACAAAACAUGUCACUAAUAAUGCAGACAUUUCUCAAACUAGUGACAAAGGCUCUAAACACAAAAAACAAAAACAUCAAUCAAAGAAUUCUCCAGCAGAUAGCACAGAUAAGAAUUUCAAUGGGAAAGAGGAAAUUUGCAGUGAAGUUACAGCAUGUGAUAAAUCUACAUCAGAUGUGAUGAUGAAACCAGAGCUAGGUCUUGUUGGUAACUCAGCUGCUACUCUUGGUAACUGGCAAGGUAAUUUAUUUGAAAACGAUGAAAGACAAAAUAAAUUUCUGAGGCUUCUAGGAGGCAUGAAGAAAUCAAGUAAUGCUACAGUUGGGAUGAGUAGUAAACAUUCCGCCACUCUGGCAGGCACAAAGAAGAAAGGAUUGUUUGGAUCCUUGGCCUCAUUAUCAAAUACAGUCAGCAGUGGUGGCAACAUGGCUCUGGAUGUCAAUGCAGCUGCCAACCUCAACCAAAAACUGGAAGAUGAAUACAACAAGGCAAUGAAUUUUAAACUUAGCGGAAAAGUAGGAACUGGGUUUGGGUUUGUAAAGGAUCCAGCAGAGGGGAAGAAAUUUCAUAUUGAUGUUACUAAAUCUAAAUCGAUCAAGUUUAAUGAUGACUGA